ACGAAGACAUGCUCAUGGAGGUUUGAAACUACUUGGCAAACUUCCUGUGUCCUCAUGGCUCCUUCAUAUACGAUGACCUAUGUUACCAUUUGGGUGUCCUCAUCGGGAAACUAAAUCAAGGAAGUGUACAUUGUGAACAGAAGGGAGCUAUUCGGUUGGGAAUUUCCCAUAAGCCAAACGUACAACAGACGGGGGUUGCACUGCAGAGAUAGCUUUUAUGGCGAUCGUAGUCGCUCCCUGAAUUUUUCUGGACUGAAAAUUUGCUGUGACUUGUCCCUUAGCAGCCACGCACCGCAUCGCACAGACACUCGGCCUUAGGCCAUCGUAACAACGGGGAAGGUUAGUUUGCCUCCAAACACGUUUUGACAAAUUGUCAACCACGAUGACUUUUGUUCGUUUUUGUGGCAGAACUCGUCUGGGGAGUCAUGUGACAUCCUACCCACCCAUAUAAAAAGAUGUCUCCUCCCUGUCCUUCCUCGCUGAGCAUCUCCACUGCAAAGAUGGCGCAUGGUCUCGGCUUGUUGUUCUUCCUUUGUGGAAUCAGCCACCUGAUCACUGGGACUCCUGCUCAGGAUGGAACAGCAACGAAAAGUAUGUAGGCUACCUCUGACUUCUACUUACUUCAGUGGUGACAGAUGCCCUGCAGGCUGGACUCAGUUGAACAAUCGUUGUUUCAUCUACCAAAAUAAUGCUGAGACAUUUGAUCAAGCAGAGAAGUCCUGCAACCUUCUUCGUGGCAAUCUGGUGUCCAUCCACAGUGAUAUGGAACUGGCUGUUGUCAAUGAGCUCACGACACUGUCUCUCGAUGCGAUCGCCAUCUGGAUUGGACUCUCGAAGACCGAUUUGGCGGGCGACGUGAUGUGGACUGAUGGCUCGGAAACAGAGUUUGCCGAAUCUCAGCUGGCGGGCUCGAUUGAUGUGGGCUGUAUAGCCAUACAGACCAACGAUCUUGUCUGGGAUGUUACCGAUUGUGGCACAAACCUGACUUACAUUUGUGGCCGCGACGUGUUACAGUGUGUGUCGCUCUGCGUAGCCGAGGCCAUAUUGUCUCCCUGAAGAAGCUGUUGGCGUAUAGCAACAUUUCCUGUCGCUCCAAUGCCACUUAAGGAGACCCGAAUAAAUUUUCUUGACUUUGCACAAAAUUCA